ACAUGUACAUCGUUCAAAACUGUUUCAUUAUCACCUUGAACGUUAUAACCGAUUGCAGCCGUUUGAGUGUGGAAACAAGUGUGGUUUUUGGAGUGCUUCUGAAGUGAAAAACGGAACAAUUAAAAGUUGUUUAUAUUUUAUCGGUUCGAAAAUGUUUCAACAAGAUCAGUCGAAAGCUGGCCCGAUAGUGCUGGACGUCAUUCCACCCCAUUAUAACAUGCAUCAUCAUCAAAGCCAUCAAAGUCCCCCGCAAUCGCCAAAUAGCACUCAAUCUAUCAAAAAAGAUUCUCUAUCGCCAAUUCCUGGUGAUACCAAGCUGAAUUCUUCGGCCAGUCAAAUUCAUAACGAUCCCAACAUCAGAAGGUACAGGACGGCAUUUACAAGGGAGCAACUGGCCCGGUUAGAAAAGGAAUUCUACAAAGAAAAUUACGUUUCUCGACCCCGUCGGUGUGAACUAGCUGCUCAACUGAAUCUUCCCGAAAGCACCAUCAAGGUAGGUGGUCAAAAACUAUACUAUUCUCUAUCGCCAAUUCCUGGUGAUACCAAGCUGAAUUCUUCGGCCAGUCAAAUUCAUAACGAUCCCAACAUCAGAAGGUACAGGACGGCAUUUACAAGGGAGCAACUGGCCCGGUUAGAAAAGGAAUUCUACAAAGAAAAUUAUGUUUCCCGACCCCGUCGGUGUGAACUAGCUGCUCAACUGAAUCUUCCCGAAAGCACCAUCAAG